AAUCACAAUCCCAGAGGUCCGAAAUCUUAUUAACUAGCCAAGACACUACGCUGCCACGGAGUUGAUCCUGGCGAACUAGAAUCUGGACGAUACACGAAAUUCGUGCGCGCAGACUCGAGUUAUGUUCUACAACGUUGUUUGCUGGAAUGGAGAUACUUACACAGCAGCAAACAGCUCUCAAGGAGGAUGUGAAGAGUUACCAGCUAGCAAGGGAUCACAGCGAGCCCGGACCAGCGCACUAUGGCAAAAGCCUCAAGGCUUGCAAGACAUUGUCCGAAGGCCAGCGGAUCCAUUCGGCAAUCCUCCAGAGCAGGUUCAAGCACAACAUCUACUUGUCUAACCUUUUGAUCGAGAUGUAUAGCAAGUGUGGCAACCUCGAGGUUGCUCGCGAAGUUUUCCACAGCAUUCGCGAGCCCAACGUCUUCUCGUGGAAUAUACUCCUCGCUGCAUACGUCCGCCAUGGCCGCCUCGACGAGGCAAGAAGAGUUUUCGACAAGAUGCCGGAACGAGACUCCGUGUCGUGGAAUGCAAUGACGUCGGCUUAUGCCCAGAAGGGUCAUAUGCAAGCAGCCAGGAGUAUCUUCGAAAUGAUGCCGCGAAAGAGUAUCGUGUCUUGGAACGCGAUGAUCCAGGCUUAUAUCCAAAGAGGAGACCUGGAAGAAGCUAAAGUUCUGUUCGACAAGAUGACCGAGCGGGAUGCUGUUUCAUGGACUGUGAUGAUGCAAGCGUAUGCCCAGAGGGGUCAGCUGCUGGAAGCUCGAGAGUUCUUCGACAACAUGCCAAAGCCGGACGUGAUCUCAUGGACUGCUAUGGUCGUCGCUUAUGCUCAGGCUGGGCAUCUCAGGGAAGCGGAAGAGCUCUUUAGCAAAAUGCCGGACAGGGAUGUCGUGGCUUGGAAUGCCAUGCUAGCUGGGUUUGUGACGAACGGACACAUGAAGCAAGCAAGGGAAGUGUUCGAGAAGAUGGAGAAACGGAGCUUGGUGUCUUGGAACACGAUGAUUUCGGCGUAUGGACGGAGUGGAGACUUAGAGAACGCUGUGCUGCUGUUUGAGGAGAUGGUCGAGCGUGACGGGGUGACGUGGACUGCGAUGAUACAGGGGUAUGCCUUGAACGGGCAUCUCGACCAGGCACUCAAGCUCUUCCAGGAGAUGGACUUGGAAGGGGUGGUACCAGACGAGGCGACGUACUCUAUCACUUUUACGAGCAUUCUCACUGCUUGCAGUCACGCGGGAGAGGUUCCAAAGGGCUGUAAGUUCUUCGUGGAGUUCCAGGAAGACCGAUGCUUACAGCCGACGAUCGAUCAUUACCACGGCAUGAUAGACGUUUUCGGACGUGGAGGGAAGCUCCAAGAGGCGGAGGACUUGGUGGAAAGCAUGCCUUUCCCUGCGGAGGCUCUCUCGUGGACAACACUCUUGGCAGCGUGUAGACUCCACAACGAUGUCGAUCGCGCGGCACGGGCAGCGAAGAAAGUGGUGAAGCUGGAUCCGGAAGCAAGCUCGAGCUACGUCCAGCUCGCCAACAUGGGGAUCUUCCAGAAGUCGGAGAUAUCAGACUCGAUCUCUUCGGAGGCUCCAAAAGCUCACCACCAGGAAGCUACAGAUAAACUUAUCGGGGAUGGAGUUCUUCCUACUCGACGAGAAGAGGAAAGAAAAGAGGACGAAGGAUUGUUCUCUUCACAAGAACCAGCCAUUUCGAUCGAAGAAACCCAAGAGGACUCAUCAGGGGCGAUCAAGGACUUCGCCUCACGGAUACGAGCUUGUGGUGACUCCCGAGAUCUGACACUCGCGAAGGAAAUCCACGCCUCGGUGCUGGCGAGCCAGUUCUGGCAAAACAGAUACCUCGCCAACCUUCUCGUGGAGAUGUAUGGCAAAUGCGGCAACCUCGAGAGCGCGUCCAGCGUCUUCGCCACCAUCGACGUCCCAAAUCUCUUCUCGUGGAACAUCCUCUUCACGGCCUACGCUCGAAACGGCCGGCUCCAGCAAGCCAGGCGAGUCUUCGACGCCAUGCCCGAGCACGACCUCCCGUCCUACAACGCCAUGAUCGCCGCCUACGCGCAGAGCGGCAAUCUCCAGCAAGCCAAGCUCGUCUUCGACGCCACCCCGGAGCUCAACGCCUUCUCCUGGAACUCGAUGCUGGCGGCCUACGGCCAAGGUGGCGAUCUCAAAAACGCUCGAGAGAUCUUCUCCGCCAUGCAAGAACACGACGUCGUCUCCUGGACCGCGAUGAUCCAAGCGUGCGUCCUGUGCCACCGGCUGGACGAGGCCACCGAGCUCUUCCUGGCGAUGCCCGAGUAUAACACCGUGAGCUUCAACGCGAUGGUGUCGGCCUAUGGACAAUCCGGACAGGCCGAGGAGGCCAAGUCGGUGUUUGACACGAUGCCCGAGAGGGACGUGGUGUCCUGGACUGCAAUGCUCGAGGCCUACACACUCUCCGGACACGUAGAGGCCGCUGGAUCGAUCUUCGAGGCGAUGCCGUGCUGGGACGUACUGCCAUGGACGGCCAUGAUUGCGGCGUACGCGCACAGCGGCGAGCCACACAGGGCGAUGGUGACCUUCCGGAAGAUCCCGGAGUGGGACUUGAUCUCGUGGAAUGCGAUAGUCGCGGCUUUCACUCAGAACGGACUUCUUGCGCCAGCGAUGAAACUCUUCGGUGGCUUGCCGGAGCGAGACGUGGUGUCGUGGAACUCGGUGGUGCAAGGAUUCGCGCAGCACGGCCAGGGGAGAGUGGCGCUCGAGCUCUUCCACGAGAUGAUCUUAAACGCGGUGGCUCCGCAAACCAGGACGUGCCUGAGCGUGCUCCUGGCGUGCGGGCAUCUUGGGCUGCUCGAGAGGAGCCGGGAGUAUUUCCUGAGCAUGCAAGGCGACCAUGGAUUGGCUCCGGCGGUGGAGCACUAUCGAUCGAUGGUGGACGGACUUGGGCGAUCCGGGAAAGUUGCCGAGGCCGAGAGUUUGAUCCAGACGAUGCCGUUUCUUCCGGAUAGCGUUGCCUGGCUGACGCUGCUCAGCGCUUGUAGGACGCAUUCGUCCGGAGAGCGCGGGGCCAUUGCUGCGGAGAAGGCGUUUGAGAGCGACAAGAGGGCGGCGUCGCAGUAUGUGCUGCUGUCUAGCUUGCUCAACACAAGGCCAGCGGCCAAGGGAUAGAGAAACUUAUAGAAAUUCUUUUCUUUAUAAGUGGAUCUAUACACUAGCUCAA